AUGCCCACACUUGAAGAAUCUACAAAACGCAAUUACAAGGCCCUUCGCAAUGCAUUCUUUACUCAUCCAUCGGAUAGUGAAAAAUACUUCAUUAUCAGUGGGGAAAGUCUCAAGGAGAUGGAUAUUUUUGAUAUCCAACAAGGACUACAGGAUAUUUCAAAGGAUAAAUUUAAGACAGCCAUGCGACUCCAAAGUGGGGAUAUCCUAGUACAGACGAAAGAUAUACACCAAAUCAACGCACUCAAGGCCACCAAAAUUUUUGGAAAGGAGAAGAAACCGGUUUCUAUAUCGGAGAACGGUGUAUUGAACCAGUCCCAGGCAAUCAUCAGAUGCAAAGAGUUGACGCGUGUUAAAGAGGAGAGAAUUAUUGCACAGAUGGGAGAGCAAAAUGUGAUUGGAGUACAGAAGAUUAAACGGAAAGAUAAUGGACAAUGGAUCAACACUGCAACACACAUUUUGACCUUCAGCACUCCAACAUGCCCUGCUGAAGUAAAUGUUGGAUAUUUGACUGUGAAGACCGAGAUCUACAUUCCAUCACCAUUCAGAUGCGUCAUAUGCCAGAAGCUGGGGCACACCAAGAAGAGAUGCAACUCAAAGAAGAAUCGUCCGAAGUGUGGAAUUUGUGCUCAAGAGUCACAUGAGCCGGAUUUCAUCUACCCAUGCAACCUGCCCAAAUGUGUGAAUUGUCUUGGUGCCCACCCAAGUCACAGCAAAGCCUGCCCAAAAUACAUCGAGGAGAGAGAAGUGAAUGCAAUCCGCGUCACCCUAAGGAUCCCAUACAAUUUGGCGAGAGAGGAGUUGAAGAGGAGGAAGGGAGUUCCCAACCCCAUCCUAAAUUCCUAUCCCAAUUCCGUUCCUUCUAAAUCCAUCUCUUAUGCUCAAACAGUAUCAAAAUCUGAAGGUACAAGCACCGUUAGCACCGAUUCAUUAAUACUUGCUUCCCCAAAUUAUUCAAAAAUUCGCACACCAAAUUCCACCAAUGCUCAAUGCAAAGAAAUUAGUCAAAAUUCUCCUGAAAUUAGUCAGAAUAAAAUCCAAUUCACCCAAGAUUCAUCGCAGGCUAUGUCUGUUGAGGUUGAUGAAGAUCAACCUGUUCCCUUCCCUCCCCCUGAUCCUCCUCCCUCUCCUCCCCUAUCCUUCCAUUCCUAUUCCCCCUCUCCUUGUUCCUCCACUGGAGGUUCUGAUCGUCCCAAAAAUUCAAGAUUCUCUGAUGAAGAUGACCAAAUGUUAAGUGACGAUAAUGACGUCUAA